AUGGUUUUCAACUACAGCAAAUCGAAUCUGCCCAAGCAGUUGUUCAUCAACAACGAGUACGUUGCCUCCAAGAAUUCCAAGAAACUAGAACUUUUCAACCCGAAAGAUGGCUCGCUGGUAGCAAACGAUGUCGACCUCGCAGGGGCCGAGGACGUUGAUGCAGCCGUUUCCGCCGCCGAGAAAGCCUUCCCGGCGUGGAAGAAAAUCCCAGCCCAAGCCCGACAAGAGAUGAUGAACAAAUUCGCCGCCCUCAUCCAGAAACACAGUGUGGAACUAGCGGAGCUCUCGAGGAUCACCCUUGGUGCCCCCAGUGCCAUCAGCCACCGUGAGACAAUGAUCGCUGAGGAAAAAUUCAAGUACUUCGCUGCCUGGAUUGACAAGUUUGCCGGGGAAUCAUUCCCCCAAGACGAUGGCUUCCUCAAGAUUGUCAGGAACGAGCCUCUCGGUGUUGUAGCUGGUGUUGUUCCAUGGAAUGGCCCACUGGCGACCGCCUCUAGCAAGGCUGCUCCCGCCCUCGCUACGGGGAACUGCUUCAUUCUCAAACCUUCCGAGAAAACACCCUUCUCUGCUUUGGCACUCGGUCCCUUGAUCAUCGAAGCUGGCUUCCCACCUGGAGUCUUCCAAAUCCUAUCCGGGGACGGCAGCACAGGUGCUUUGCUCUCGAGCCAUAUGCGAAUCCGGAAGAUCUCCUUCACAGGCUCAAUCCCGACGGGGAAGCGAAUCCAGGAAGCAGCCGCGAAGUCGAACCUCAAGCGCGUGACUCUCGAGCUUGGCGGGAAAUCCCCAGCGGUUGUCUUCGACGACGCGAACCUUGAAAAUGCCAUUACUUGGUGCGCAAGAGCGUUGACCCUGAACACGGGACAAAUCUGCUUUGCCGCAACAAGAGUCUAUGUCCAAGAAGGGGUCUACGAGAAGUUCGUCGAGGGAUACAAGAAAGCUCUUCUCAAAGCGGCCGAGAAUAUCGGCGACCCAGAGGCCGAAAGUACCACCAUGGGACCCCUCGUGGACAAAGCUCAAUUCGACCGCGUCUCAGGCUUCAUCGAGCGAGGUAAGAACGGCCAAGGAACACUCCUCACAGGUGGUUCUCGUGUCGGCUCCCAAGGCUACUUUAUCCAGCCCACAGUCUUCACCAACGUCGACCCUGACGCCGAAAUCAUCCGCCAAGAAAUCUUCGGUCCAGUCUCCGUGCUGAAUUCCUUCAAGACCGAAGAGGAGAUCAUUGAGAAGUGUAAUGAUACGAAUUAUGGGCUUAUGGCGGGCGUGUUUACGCAGGAUAUUAAUCGGGCGCUUAGAGUGGCGAGCGAGUUUGACGCCGGCAUGGUCGGGGUUAAUUGUGUGAGUUUGAGUUUUAAGCAAACGCCUUUUGGGGGGACGAAGGAGAGUGGGUUGGGGAGGGAGAAUGGGAGUGCGGCGUUGAGAGCGUAUACGGAUCAGAAGACUGUUAUGAUUAACUUGACGUAUUGA